AUGGGGCAAUUCAAGAUUGACCGUACACCACUGCGAAUCCUCGAUUCAAUCGCUGCCAACAAUCCGGAUGCACUGUACUGUAUCCAACCUGUCUCUUCUGACAUUUCUGAAGGAUGGGUAAGAGUCAAUUUCAAAGCCCUCGUGAAUGCGAUUAAUCGCACAGCGAUAUGGAUUCAAGAGAAUGUUACAUCCUCGGAUGAGCCCGAGACCAUCGCAUAUGUCGGUGCCAACGACAUCCGCUAUAUAGCAUUUAUCUUUGCCUGCAUGAGGCUGAGGCAUGUUGCCCUUCUUCUUUCCACAAGGAACUCGGAGCAAGCAUCACGACACAUUCUAGCAGCAACGAAUUCCACCAAGCUCGCGUACAGCUCAGAGAGAAGCCGACAAAUAGAAGAGUUGAAAGUAGCAGACCCCUCGUUGGAAACUGUACAGACUCCCGCUCUCUGGGAGUUGUUCGAUCUCGAUGGGGAAACCCCUGCCCCCGUGGUGAAGGAGCCGGUCGAAGAUGCAGAGGAUCGCAUAGCGAUUUACAUCCAUAGUUCAGGAACUACAGGAAUGCCCAAGCCGGUCCCGAUGACAAAUGGCUAUCUCCAGGCAAUUGGAGAUGUCGGGACAGUCCCAUUGCCAGAGGGAAGAGGCUGCAGUUACGCUCCUGCAAAUAGCCCAGGGAAGUUGCUCUUCACUAUGAGUCCUUUCUUCCAUUUGAUGGGCAUCCUCAGCAUCAUGAUACCCCUUUCAUACCAGAACGCUUUCGUUCUGGGGCCGGAGAGGCCGCUCACAGAUGAAUUGUUUGACCAAAUUGUCAAGGACACUGAGCCCAAGAUAGCCAUCAUUGCUUCAUCUCUCAUAGAGGACUUAUGCAAGUCAGAGCUCGGAUAUAACAGUCUAUGCAAGUUUGAUUAUAUUACUUUUGGAGGCUCACCGCUGGUAACGCAUGUAGGAGACCGUCUCGCAGAGGGAGUGACGAUCCAGUCGGUCCUGGGAACAAGUGAAUGCAGCAUCAUCCCAGCGCUUCUUCCGGAAGAUAAGAAAGAUUGGGCUUAUCUCGAGUUCAACCCCAAUGCCGGCUUGGAAAUGCACAACGUUGGUGACGGACUAUAUGAGCUCGUCGUCCAACGAGGAGACAGCAGAGAGGGUAAGGCCGUUUUCCAUACUUAUCCAGACAAGACAGAGUACCACACUGGCGACUUAUUCGCGUCUCAUCCCACCAAGGAUGGAUUGUGGCUUUACGUGGGCCGUCAAGAUGAUCUCAUUGUCCUCAGCAAUGGAGAGAAGUUCAAUCCCAAUUCGAUGGAGGAGACCAUUGCAAGCCACCCACUCGUGAAUCACGUUUUGGUAGUUGGACAAGGACGUUUCCAAACUGCUGCCAUUAUCGAACCAGACUGGUCUGUAUGGAGCGGAGAACCAAACUCUUUGAUCGAUGAGAUUUGGCCUUUGGCGCAGAAGGCUAAUAGAACUGCUCCUGCGUAUGCCCAGCUUAUGAAAGAGCGUGUCGCGAUUGCGUCCCAGUUGAAGCCAUUCCCACUGACUCCCAAGGGUACGAUCAAACGUCGUGUUGCUACAAGUGACUAUGCCACAGAGAUAGAUUCAAUUUAUGAGGCUGGAGAUCAAAUCAAUGUGGAUCAACUUCCUAAGGAUGCUUCUCGAUCGGACGUCGCGACAUAUGUAACUCAGGUCCUGUUGGAUAUCUUGGAUACACCUACGGUUGAUGAGAAUGCCGAUAUAUUUGCCCUGGGCGUCGACUCCCUGCAAACUCUCCGAUUGGGUCAAAUUCUCCAGGCCUCACUGCGCUCUGCUCGACCGGAUUUGGAGACAGCCUUUGGGAAUUCACAGCUUUACUCCCGCCCAACCAUUGUCCAACUCACAGGAUAUGUAUAUGACCUUCUACAAGGGAAAGACUCUGGGGCUGUAGAAGAGAUUGUAGAAAGUGACGAGGAUCGCGAAGUUAGAAUUGCUGGACUCGUUGGGAAAUACUCCGACGAUGUUGGCGAAAGUCACAGUGUCAUUCUCACGGGCUCGACUGGUUCCCUGGGUGCUUAUCUUUUGCACGAGCUUCUGCGCGACCUCAGUGUCUCUAAGAUCUACUGCCUCAAUCGGUCUAAUGAUGCCGCGCCGAGACAGCUGCAGAGCCUGCGUGAGAAGGGUCUAGUAGGAUUCAACAAGUUUCCACGCCGGGUUGAAUUUCUCCAGGCAAAUUUCGGCGAUGAAAGACUUGGGCUUGAUGAGACAAAAUACGAAGAGCUCCUGGAAAGUGUCGAUACCAUCAUUCAUAAUGCCUGGAAAGUCAACUUUAACCACCGAGUUGAAGCCUUCGAGCAACCUCAUAUUGAGGGUGUGCGUCGUCUCGUCGAUUUCAGUAUUGCCAGUGAAAAACAGGCUCAUAUCCAUUUUAUUUCAUCCAUUUCCACAAUCGAGGGCUAUAGUCAAGGGCCUUCUAUCCCUGAAAUCAUUUUCACUGACCCUAGCUCGGUCCUUCGCCAGGGGUAUGGUGAAUCAAAGCAUGUUUCCGAGCGAAUCUGUGCAGCUGCUUCAGCUAAAUGUGGUAUCCCCACCAGUAUUCACCGUGUUGGUCAAAUUGGAGGACCAACAACGGAGAAGGGAAUGUGGAAUAAGCAAGAAUGGGUGCCAUCCUUGGUUGCGACCUCAAAGACGAUCAAGCAAAUUCCGAGUUCUCUUGGUUCAGUUUCUGUACAAUGGGUUCCAGUGGAUGUUACGGCCAAAGCCAUCGCAGAUAUUGUCCGCAGCCGACGCGUUACCCAGGAAGAUGAGCCAUGUGCAGCUUUCCACAUUGUGAACCCCAGGAAAACCGAAUGGGAAGAUCUGAUUCCAGCCGUCACCAAGUACUUUGAUGUCGAGCCAGUUGAUGUUCAUACAUGGGUAAAGACUCUCGAGGGCUUUACCAGCCCCACGGAAAGCGAUCUUAAAGAUAAGCCUGCUCUGAAGAUCCUCGAUUUCUUCAAGGCCAUCACAUAUAGUGAUGAAGCCGGUCCAUCUACCGAGACAACCAAGACUGAGGUUGCGAGUAAGACCUUGAGGAACUUGAAGGAGAUCGAUGCGCCUCUGUUCGAGAACUGGAUGAAGCAGUGGGAUUUCUGA